AUGGGAGUUCAACGUGAACCAGGUCAAAAGGGCGUCAACUGGUCCAACAUUGCCGUCGGCGGUAUUAUGAACAUGUUUGAGGUUACGACGCUCGGGCAACCGCUCGAGGUCCUCAAGACACAAAUGGCCGCAAAUCGAUCGCAGACAAUGGUUCAAGCUCUGCGUUCUGUCUGGGCACGUGGAGGCGUCACUGGUUUCUACCAGGGCCUGAUCCCUUGGGCAUGGAUUGAAGCUUCGACAAAAGGAGCCGUGCUCUUGUUCACCGCGUCUGAGAUUGAGACUGCCACCGUCCGAAUGGGUCUCAGUCCUGCUGCUGCUGGUCUCGUGGGCGGAAUGGGUGGUGGUAUUGCACAGGCAUAUGCUACAAUGGGUUUCUGCACGUGCAUGAAGACUGCUGAAAUCACGCGACACAAGCAGGCUGCGGCGGGUAUUACCCCUCCUUCGACCUGGGCCGUCUUUGCCGAUAUCUACCGCCGCGAGGGUAUCGCUGGUAUCAACAAGGGUGUCAAUGCUGUUGCAUUGCGACAAAUGACCAACUGGGGCUCGAGAAUGGGUUUCGCACGACUUGCAGAAUCGACCAUUCGUUCGAUGAAAGGAAAGUCGGAAAAGGAACCGUUGGGUGCCCUCGAUAAGAUUAUGGCCUCGUCGAUUGGUGGUGCAUUGGCUACAUGGAAUCAGCCCAUCGAGGUUGUACGCGUGGAAAUGCAAUCCAUGUCCAAGGAUAAAUCCCCUAACCGACCCGCAAAACCAACCGUCUUCAAUACGCUCGGCUACAUUUACCGAGAGAACGGACUCAAGGGCUUGUACCGUGGCGUGACCCCUCGUAUCGGUCUCGGAGUCUGGCAGACUGUCUGCAUGGUCAGCUUUGCAGACUAUGUCAAGGCUUGGGUCAACAAAAAGUAG